GAGUUUGUUUCUUUCAUAGUAAUUACAUGGAGGAGCAUAAUGUAAGCAUCACGGAAACCAAAUCUCAUCAUGACAGCUGUGACAUCCUUUCGGUCAGUAGGACAGGAAAGGAGGGCGCUGGGGUGCAGUUGGAGGAGUCUCUGGCACUGGUGAUGCUUCCUGGGGUAGAAGCAUUCUCGAGGUGGGAAUGGCCCCCGAAAGUGGACCGGAGCUCUGCCAGCGAGAGCAAGAAGAGGCCAGGUUUGAAGGAUCAGAGCAAUUCCUACAAGAGAAGAAAGAAUUCAGAGUCAUGGACAGUGGUCUCACCUGAACUAACUGACGACGGUCAGGCUUGGAGAAAAUAUGGCCAGAAGAUGAAUCUGAAUUCUCGACAUCCUAGAUGUUACUUCAGGUGUACCCACAAGUAUGAUCAGGGUUGCAAGGCAACCAAACAUGUUCAACAACUCCAAGACACCAUGUACAAAACCACCUAUUAUGGAAACCACACAUGCAGAGACAUAAUCAAGGGUCCACAACUUAUCAUGGGCGCCUCCGACCCUCAUAAAUAUUGGUGGAUACCUAAUCAUCAAACUACUGUUAGCUCAGAAGCUGGGUCGAUCACAAAUUACAAUAAGAAGGAUCAUCAGGGUAGUCAUUUCUCUAGCUCAUCGUAGAUGAUUCCACUGACUGGUGGAGAAAGAAGAGUAAGGAGGAACAACGUUGAGUCAUAUGACGGUCACUUAUCCAUGUGGUUCUGCAGUUAUACUAAUGUAAGAAUGAGCCAUGCACAUUAUCCAAAAGAAGACUCGGGCAAUAUCUAUCGUCAUUAUCAUGUGAAAUAGCCACUGAUUUAGAACUGUUAUUGUAUGUUGAUCAUAAUAC